CAUAAUGCAAGUCUGGCUGACAUAUUCCAAUGUUGGAAUGGACGCUUUUUUGAAAGCAUCAGCCUCAAGGACAUCGGUUUAGUUGUUCAGCUCGGUCACCAGCCUAGUGAACACUGUUCUGCGCCAUCCGCUGCACCUCGAAGUUUCGUUGUCCUUCACACGAAUGGCUUCCACCCAGUCAAUCUACAAUUCUGCCAGUGUAAUUGCCUCGAGACAGCUGGCACCUGGGUGCAGCAACUUCUCCGCUAUGAGCUGUAUCCCGCCACUUUGGACGACCCAACAACUUGCUGUACAUUUUGCGCCUUGGAAACCUUCCAUCUUCUCACUCUGCAAAGCAAGCUCAUGACGUAUGAUUACUACAUCACUCUCACAAAGCUUACGGAUUGUGUAGGCAUUGGGCAACGCUACGAUCGCCUCAAAUCUUUUCUUCACAUGGUGCGAGAAUGGCGACAUCUUCAGUUGCUCAAACGUGCAGGGCGAGGCCAUGAUUCCGAAGGAGUGAAUGCAACAAGGCCUGGCAAGCUCUGUACUCGCUUUCCGGCAUGUCCGCAACCAGGAGUCAACUUACCCGAGAAUUGGGAU